ACCCCAUUUUUCUGCUGCAUGAGGAGCUCGUAUUACAUCUCUUUGAUUGUUUGGUUAUUUUAUUGGUUAGGUACAGGGACCCAUUCACUUUAUCGUUUUAAAUAAAUAUUGGGAAGUUUAAAAUAAAUUAUUAAUGAAGUGAAGGGUAGUGGAACCGGGAGUAAGGAUUUUUUUGUUGUACUUGAAUUUCUCGUCCAGUAAUAGGUGAUAUUUUAGUUCAUUGUCGGUUGUUGACUUUACAUAGAAAUGGCUGAAGAUAAUGAACAGGUUCCAGCUAUCAGCGUUAAAGAGCCAUUGGACUUGAUCCGAUUGAGCUUGGAUGAACGUAUUUACGUGAAAAUGAGGAAUGAGCGUGAACUUAGAGGAAGACUUCAUGCAUAUGACCAACAUCUUAACAUGGUGUUAGGUGAAGCUGAAGAAACAGUAACAACUGUUGAAAUUGAUGAAGAGACAUAUGAAGAGAUUUAUAAAAGUACAAAACGUAACAUUCCAAUGUUGUUUGUGCGUGGAGACGGAGUAAUUCUUGUGUCUCCACCAAUAAGAGCAGGAGUUUAAUUUUGUAAAUCUUAAUUACAGUGUAAGAAGUGCAUAAACUUUUAUUUCUCUAUGUAUUAUAUAUAGUUGUGGUUAUUUCAAGAUUUAAUAUGCACUGAAAAAGUUUUUUGUAUUACAGUAAACUUAAGUUGAUGUUU